UGUGACAUCAUGGCGACGGCCCUAACAACGUCACAGAUUAUUGCGACGUAGACAUUUGUUAGCACCUACGCAGCGCUACUACAGCAUGCUAGAUUGAUAGUACAUUUAACGUUUUCUUAAGAACAGCAGGAAAAGAGGAAUUCUUUCAAAGGUGCCAUGGCGCCCAGAAAAGGAAAGAAGAAGAAAAAACCUAUAGACAUUUUGACAGACCAAAUACUCAUGUUAGAAGAAGAAAAGAAGAGGAUGGCCCUAAUGUAUGAAACCAGCACUAAACUAUGGGAGUCGAAGCUUAAGAGAGCUGAGCAGGAUUUAGCCUACCACCAGAAGGAACUCGGCAAGAAGAACAUCGAGGCUGAGCAAGUAAAAAACUCCCUAUUCCUGGCGGAGAAGUGCAAUUUUGGCGUCACCGAUUAUUGGAUAAAAGAAUUAAAAGAUAAAACUGAUAAGAUCAACGUGAUGGAAGAAAAGCUCAAAACCCAAGAAGAGACUGUAGCACAACAGAAACUUCAGUUCGAAAAUGAAAAGAAGAGAGAUUUCAAAAAGUUUGAGGAAGAAAUGUUAAAGAGUAAAGCCACCGAGGCUCGGGUGCAGAAAAAGAUGAUUAACAUAAGAAAGCAAAUGCAAGUGUCUCAAGAAGAAUACAGACAAAACAUAAAACGCAGAAAAGAGAAAUAUUCAGCCUUACUGCAGGAAUCAAAAGAGAAAGAAUGGAACUUCAUACGCAAAGAAAUGGAGAUGAAUCAGUUCAAGAUUGAGCAAAACAAAAUCACGGCCGAAUUGGAAAGUCAACUAAGCAUUGUUAAUAAGGAAAAAAAAUGGCUAAUUGAAAACCUAAAAUUUACCUUGGCUAAUUUAGACGAGAUGAGGCAACUGGCUCAAUCACUGACUAUGGACAAACUUUCACUGGCAGUGGACAGAAACAUUCUGACAUCAACAUUAAAGAACAACAUUUGUGAGAUGGAGUGUGAUGAAAAGAAGCUUGCUGAAGCCAUGGCCAAAGCUGCUUCUCUGGAGCAGGCUCUCAAGAAAAUGGAAGAAGAAAAAACAGAGAAUGAAAAAAGAUACCAAGUCAUCAUCCAGGCCAGUCAGGUCGAGUUGGACAAACUACAGAAAAUUAUUGCCAUGAGAGAGAAGGAGAUCUGUCAAGUGAAGAAGCUGGCGAGGACCAUUGUGGAGAAACGCAAAGAUAUGGAGGCGUUUUUCCACGAAGCCCUGGAUAACGUCCGACAGGAGAUAUCUGACGAAAGAAAGCGGAACGCAAAGGAGGCAUAUGAAGACUACCGUCAGAAAUUUAGAGACGGAACAGAAGGAAAGGGAAAGUUCCCUCUCAUCCGCAUCUUCGAUCAAAGUCCCAACAGCACCAAUUCUGUGUACUCAGACAAGAAGACGGAUGAAAAAUGGCCCCAUCUCCCUGGGAAGGAGGUUUACAUGUCUGAUCUCACUUGGGAGCAAAAAGAAAAAGUGCUCAUUCUUCUCUUUGCUAAAAUGAACGGAGAUGCAGAACGUGCAUCACAAUCCAGUACGAUGAGGUUUGACCAUCAUUUCCGAAAUGCAGGUUGGCUUCACCGCCGAGGUCUACAACAUGGUGGAUUUGUGAAAGUUGUGUAGGACGCAGAGCCGCCGAACGCUGUUUGACAUUUCCCUGUCAAGAGAUUCAUCAAUAA